AUUUGGGCGGAGAUAAAGGAGAUGUGGGACGGAGGUUUCACUGAGUACAUCCACGACUGGUGGAACCUGAUGGACUUUGCCAUGAACUCCCUGUACCUGGCGACCAUCUCCCUGAAGAUCGUGGCCUACGUCAAGUAUAACUCGUCUCGUCCUCGUGAGGAGUGGGAGAUGUGGCACCCGACCCUGAUCGCUGAGGCGCUCUUCGCCAUCGCCAACAUCUUCAGUUCUCUGCGUCUCAUCUCUCUGUUCACGGCCAAUUCACACCUGGGGCCUCUGCAGAUUUCACUGGGCAGGAUGGUGCUGGACAUCCUCAAGUUCCUCUUCAUCUACUGCCUGGUUCUGUUGGCUUUCGCGAACGGACUCAAUCAGUUGUAUUUUUACUACGAGACGACGGCGGCAGAAGAACCGAACAACUGCAAAGGAAUCCGCUGUGAGAGACAAAACAACGCCUUCUCCACGUUGUUCGAGACCCUUCAGUCCCUGUUCUGGUCCAUCUUCGGUCUCCUGAACCUCUACGUCACGAACGUCAGGGCCAGACACGAGUUCACGGAGUUCGUGGGGGCGACCAUGUUCGGGACGUACAACAUCAUCUCGCUGGUGGUUCUGCUCAACAUGCUGAUCGCCAUGAUGAACAACUCCUACCAGCUCAUCGCGGACCACGCGGACAUCGAGUGGAAGUUCGCUCGCACGAAGCUGUGGAUGAGUUACUUCGACGAGGGCGGGACUCUUCCUCCGCCCUUCAACAUCGUGCCCAGCCCCAAGUCCGUGUGGUACCUGCUCAUGUGGCUCCACGGGCGUCUGUGCGAGCGAGGCCAGCCCCCGGGCGACCCCCACAAGUGCGAAAACCUCCGAGAGUUCACGGAGAAACACGCCGACAGCCUCAUCCAAAACCAGCACUACCAGGAAGUGAUCCGUAGCCUGGUGAAGCGGUACGUGGCGGCCAUGAUCCGCAGCGCCAAGACGGACGAGGGGCUCACCGAGGAAAACUUCAAGGAGCUGAAGCAGGACAUCUCCAGUUUCCGCUACGAAGUCUUGGAUCUUUUGGGAAACCGUCGACCUCCGCGAAGGAACUACUCAUCGUCCAGCGAGACCACGAGAGAAGACGGCAACACCGCUUCCGAAGACGACAGCGAAUCUGGCGACGGCGGAGGAGGAGGAGGAGGAGGAACCGGAGAGAAAUCGCAAAAACCGUCGAAAGGAGUCAGCUUCAUGGUGCCGCUGGAGGAAGACUCCGGCGCGGGAUCUAACCUGGGCGUUUCCGCUUUGGUCCGAUCGAUUUCCGGGAUGCCUUCUUCGGAAAAGGCGAGCGGGCCGGAGGAGGAGGGGCUGGGCUGGGGUUUGGAAGAGGAAGAAGAAGACGGGAAACCAAAAAGCAACGGGCUAAAAACAAACGUCAUGUCCGCCACGUCCGCGACCAUGCUCGCCUCCACGUCCUUCACGUCGUCCCUGGCGAGAGCCCGAAGCCGACUACAGCAGAUGUCAACCACCAGCGGAAAAACGGACUCCUUCAAACGCCUGUCCUACCUGUUUUCCCGAUCCAAACGCAAAGCCCCGCCCGUCCCUUUACCGCUCCAAACCUCGCCGAGCUUCACGAUUUCCGACGGGUUACUGCGACCGCUGGGCAGCCACGGACACGCCGACUUCGGCCACGUGACGAGGAGCGAGCCCCACCUGCACGAAGUGGGGCGCUCCGCCGCGGACAGCAUCGGCGCGGCGUUCUCGCCCUCGCGCCGCACGAACGGACGGGACUCGCUGCUCGCCGCCCUGCCCCGCCCCCCGCCCUGCCCCUGCCAAUCGCUGCACUGCGCUUCCAACAUGUCCGAAUCCAGCUCGCGGCUCCUGGACUCCAGCGAGGACGUUUUCCAGGGAGGCGGCGUCGGGAUGGGGAUGCCGGGGUUGCCGGGGUUGUCGGCGGCGGAGCAAAUUUCAGGAAGCGGGCGGGGCUCGUUAAUGGGCGGGUGGGUGGGGCCUUGCGAUGAUGUCAUGGAGGACAGCUGCGAGGUCAUCGAGGAAUCGGUGACGACGCAGCUAUAG